UACGCAGCCGGGAUCAGGCACGGAGAUAAAAGCUCCGAUUGUGAUUGAAAGUGAGAGCAAAAGGGAUUUCAGCCUCGGCAUUAACUUGCGCGGGGAGCCGGGGAUUGCACAAAGCUUCCCCGGCCAUCUGCCCUUGGGGGCCGGCGGCGCAGCGGUUGUCAGCCGGGCUGGGAGGUGCGGGGGGGUCCCCCCGGCCCCGAAGUUCACUGCUCCGCCGGGAGCCCCGCGCCGCAGAGCUCCCUCCCGGUGCAGCCCGCUAAUGACCUCUCCCUUUGCCCUGACCAUGAAAGAGAGAGGAGACCUCAGGUAGCAGCACAGCUUGCAGCUGAAGGCUUUGGGAACUUGAUGCUCAAUUGCCAAAAGGCAGAGUCAGACAGAAAUCCUUGCCUGCAAGUGCCUUGCCACUGCUGCACGACGCAGAGGGAGAAGCAGCAAGGCCAGCGCGGCUCCUGUCAACCCACUGACCACCCAGCAUCCUGCUGGGACCACUGCGGAUCUGGCCACCCAAUGUGUUAUUGUUGACAAAACCAUCCUUUGGGAGAAAGGAAUUUCAGCUCCAAAGAGUCUCUCUUGUCAGAGUUGUACUGAUAAGCAGAUGCUAUACUUAUUUUAUGUAUUAAUACUCAAAAGCCCCAAUAAUUAUUUAAAACCACAGUUUAAGGCACUUUCCGCAGCGACGCAUUUGCGGCAGACAAGAAGGUUGAGGAAAACCUGAUCCAGCACCAUCUCACGGCCUCUCCAAUUUACUCCUAUCAAAUUUCAUCAGCGACUCAGAACUUGAUCUUUCUAUUGAUUGACUGGAGUCACCUCUAGAUAUUUUCAUGCUGAUUUGGAAGCCCUUUCAUACAAUAAAAGGAGGGAAAAAAUGAGGUUAAGGAAGACUUUUGACCACUGAUCAGCAACUCUGGCCAAAACUUUCCCAAUCAAGUGAUUUGCAAAGUUGGCUUCUGCGCCAAGAGAAACUUUCCACAACCAAACACAGCGUGCAGAGUGGGAUCAUUCCUGUUAUUGUCUAGAUCUCCUUUGACUGGAUCACUUGUAGAUGAGGAGUUUCCAUGCUGAUCCCGAGAGCAACCCCUAGCCCAGUAGCUGCCUUCCUCGGGACUCUCGGCACUGCCCUCGCCCAGGGAUCCCGCACUUGGCCGCAGCUGCCAUGCUCUACCUGGUUGCUCUCCUCUUGCACUGUCUCCCCUUGGCCAUGGGACAGUAUGACAUUUGCAAGUCCUGGGUGACCACGGAUGAUGGCCCGUCAUGGGAGUUUUAUGCUUGUCAACCCAAGGCCAUGCGGAUGAAGGAUUACGUGACAGUACGGGUGGAUCCGGCAGGAAUCACUUGUGGGGACCCACCAGAGAGAUUCUGCACUCAUGAGAACCCGUACCUGUGCAGCGAUGAGUGUGACGCCUCCAACCCGGACCUGGCCCACCCGCCAAAACUCAUGUUUGACAGCGAGGACGAAGGGCUGGCCACGUACUGGCAGAGCGUAACAUGGCGCCGGUACCCGGAGCCGCUGCUGGCCAACAUCACGCUGUCCUGGAACAAGAGCAUCGAGCUGACGGACGACAUCGUGAUAACCUUCGAGUAUGGCCGGCCCACCAUCAUGAUGCUGGAGAAGUCGCUGGACAAUGGGAGGACUUGGCACCCGUACCAGUAUUAUGCAGAUGACUGCAUGGAGGCCUUCAGCAUGCCAGCACGGAGGGUCCGGGACCUCUCCACCACCAGUGCCAACAGGGUCCUCUGCACGGAGGAGUAUUCCCGCUGGGCGGGCUCCAAAAAAGAGAAGACCGUCCGGUUCGAGGUGAGGGACCGCUUUGCCAUCUUUGCUGGCCCUGACCUCAAGAACAUGGACAACUUGUACACCCGGCUGGAGAGCGCCAAAGGGCUCAAGGACUUCUUCACCGUGACCGACCUGCGGAUGAGACUGCUGAGACCAGCCCUGGGGGGCACCUACGUGCAGAGGGAGAACUUGUACAAGUACUUCUAUGCCGUCUCCAACAUUGAAGUCACCGGCAGGUGUAAAUGCAACCUCCAUGCUAACCUGUGCACCUUCAAAGAGGGCAGCCUUCAGUGCGAGUGCGAGCACAACACCACGGGGCAGGACUGCGGCAAGUGCAAGAAGAACUUUCGCUCCAGGUCUUGGCGAGCAGGAUCCUACCUGCCUCUCCCCAAUGGGUCCCCCAACGCAUGUGCAGCUGCGGGCUCAGCCUUUGGCACGAAUGAGCGACCGCAGCGGGUUACCACCACAAAAACCACCACCGCAACAACGCCCACCACCACCACAACUACAACCACCAGCACCAGCACCCCCCCGCCUGCCACCAGCGCCACCCAGCCAGCUGUUCAGCGCCCACCAAACACAGCAGCACUUGGACCCAAGCCGAAGCCUCCAGACCCUCCUGAGAACAUUCGAGCGGCUCCGAAGAGCAAAGCAGGGCGCACAGCACACACUGCAGGCAAGCGGCACGGGAAGAAGCCAGCAUCCUCAAAGAGCUCAAAACUCAUCCGGCUCAAACCAGACUCUGGCCCAGCGGCUCCUAUUGAAACAUAUAAAGAUUGCGAAUGCUACGGCCACUCCAACCGCUGCAGCUACAUCGACUUCCUGAACGUGGUGACCUGCGUGAGCUGCAAGCACAACACGAGGGGCCAGCACUGCCAGCACUGCCGCCUGGGCUUCUACCGCAACAGCUCGGCGGAGCUGGAUGAUGAGAAUGUAUGCAUAGAAUGUAACUGCAACCAGAUCGGCUCCAUGCACGACCGCUGCAACGAGACCGGCUACUGUGAAUGCAAAGAAGGCGCCACGGGGCCCAAGUGCGAUGACUGCCUGCCCAACUACUACUGGAGACAGGGCUGCUUCCCCAACAUCUGUGACGACGAGCUCCUGCUCUGCCAGAACGGCGGCACCUGCUACCAGAACCAGCGCUGCAUCUGCCCUGUGGGCUUCAAGGGGGUCCUGUGCCAGCAAUCCAGGUGCGAAGCCGACAAAAAGGACUGUGACGGUGCCCCCAGCGUGUGCAGCAGCCUCAGCACCACCCUCCUCGGGGUGCUCGCCCUCCAGCUGCGCGGCUGGGUGGACCUCUGAAGCCGCGGAGGAGGGAGCCCAGCCCAGGCACGUCGCCCGAGGGACCUGGGGAGACUAAGGUACCGGGUGGCUCUCCCCACCAUCUCCUCUGCCUUCCUUCACGCUAGGACUUGCGCAACGUCUUUUGGUCCACUUUCCAAGCAGAGAGGUAUGCAGGAAAUCGGGGGCUGACUCCUGCCCACGAACCCAUCCCAGCAGCAGCCGGGGUGGCCGCAGCGCAGAGCCGGCUGCCGAGCAGCAGCACGGGGACCGCACCAGCCUGUGCCGGGGCCGUGGUCCCGCAGCCCGGCGGGGACGUGGGGCCUGCCCUUCCCUCCGCACAGCGACUCUCCUUCCCUGCUCCGCACAGGGCAAGCUGGGGCUGGGGCCACUGCAGCCCUGGUGAAAUAGUGCCGCGAUCCAAGGGAUAUUUUUUUUAUUAUUACUUUAUUUACUUUGGUAUAGGCUGGGGUGUUCUUUUUAUUUUGUCCUCUUCUUAGUGUCCUGUUUUGAAAGAGCCUGUCAUGCCAACUCCAGAGCCCCAUAACACAACAGGCAGGGGAAGGGGAGGGAGGGAAGGGGGGACUCUGGUCCAUCCUUGCUGCAUAGUCCCACGUCCCACCAUCAGCCUGGCCAUGCACAUACUGUUGCCUACAACUCUAGUUGCUGCAUUGAUUUUGUAUUUUCAUUGCUGGGUUUUGUUUUCUUGCACUUAUGGAGAACGCAGGGGCCAUUAGGCAUACGGUAUGUGAGAAGUGCAGUGUCUUAUCCACACAUUUCCGUAUAGUGUAUGGUUCAAAUAUUACUUUUUUUUUUGGUAGAGACUUAUUUUUGUUUGGACUAAAUGUUAUAAAAGAACCACAACUUAAAGGGACACGUUACCAUAAGCAUUUGAUUCUGGUGUAUCCUCCUCCAGUAAAGCGACUAUCAACUGCUGCUUGAUCACCACGUUUUCCUUUCUGUGUGCACAGUUAAUUACAGGUAAAGACUUAUUUUUUGAUUCACAAUGUCCUCCUGUGUUUUCUGAGUCACUACCACGGUGCACCACAUGGUGAGGGAGAAGGGAGGGGGAGAGAGGUUGGCUCAUCACUGAGAGCUGUUAAUUAUUUCUCCUAAUUACUUUGCUGAACCUAGGUUAGACUACUAACUGUAGACAAUGCACACAGCCUGAGUGAUAUAUUAGGCACCGGUCUUGUGUGGAAAGGCCAUUUCCAAAUGAGCCUGCGGCAGGAGAAGGCUGCCUAGUCCAGGUUUGCUUCUCCAGGGGGACCCCAGCUGUUCAGCCCCACUGCAGCAUCCCAUGGAGCUGGUGCCAUGAUGCACCUUUGCAGGAAAAGCUGUUUGUUUGGAGUAUCUUUAAGCAGCCACAACCCAGGACUUCAGUAUAGACCUUGCAGGGACUAGAUCAACUCAUUUAACGCUUAUAAGCGUGCUGCUAUCAGAGGAAGUGUUUGCAGUCAAGCACAUAAACGAAAGAAGGAGAAACCAGAGACAAGAAAUGUAACUCAAUCAGAACAGGAACAUCAUGAACACAAGAGCUUUAAUUUUGUCAUGUCCAAAGAUUUACCAAACCAGGAGCUGGUUUGAGGAGUGGAGGAUGAGAAGAUGGGAGACACCCCCACCUCCAGCUCGUUCAGUUCCGGGCUAAUUCUCUUGACGAGGGCGCAGCCCCGGGUCACCAGCCCAGCCCUGCCCAGCCCUGCCCAGCCCACGAGCCCCACGCAAUCCAACCUCGAGCCUCCACUCGCAUUCUCAGGUCUGGUGUCCUCACCAGAGUGCUACUCCAAGAGCUUCUCUAUCGACAUCUGUUCUGUUUCAAUGCUGCGUCUCCGUGGUCUUCUCUCUACAGCUCAUCCUGCUCGGGGGGCCUGUGCUGGGAGCAGCCCACCUUUCAAAAGCGCAAGAGCCCGCAGCGUCUGCCAGCCUAACGCUGCAGAUAUCGCGUACACAGCCAGUGCCACCGAAAUGCAGCCACCUCCACGGAGAGGGGCAGGGAACUUGUACUUCAAAAAAGGAGAAGAAAACAGGAGUGAAGGCACAGGAUAGGUAUUGUCACAUCAAAGAGCAACACAAAGAAAUCUGGUGCACAUUUUGAGCAGCGUUUAACAUCAUGGAGGAAGGUCACGUCUUAGUUAAUCCACCAUAAAAUAAACAAGGGUUAAACUCAGCCUGCUGAGAUUUGAUCUUUGAGGGAGCGGGCUGGCACAAGCAUUGCCUCCCUUUCUUUACUGCAGUCGGUUGCUGUCUGUUGUUACUGACACUUGCCACUUCUUUGUACCUUUCUGACUGCAAAAUAUUUAAAAUCCUCAUACGUUACUGUUCUUACAAGUAAUAGCAUAGAACAGACUGUAACAAGAUCAAGAUCUCUAAUGGCACUUCUAGAAGGUGAAGCAACAUUCUCCUUUCUCUGCACUAGUGUUUUUCUCUAGAAUAUUAGAUUAAGCAACAGAAAAUUUACUACUUCAUAAAGCCAUAUCACAGACAAACUCUGCACCCAGCAGAUUCCCUGCAAACGCACACUUCUACUGCAAUGCAAGCAGGAACGGGCAAAACAACAGCACUGAAUUCUCAGAGAAAAUAACCUCAGAAGCGCACAACGAAGCUCAGAACAGCCCAGGCAUGAAGACUGCUGAAGGUGACAGACCACUGCACUAGAUCUUUUUUGGUUUGAGGGAUUUUCUCAGUUGAUUUGGGGGUUUUGCUUGUCUGUUUUUAAGAUAAAACGUCACUGGCUUCCUAACUCAGCUCCAAAGAUGGCACCACCUCCCUGUGGACCCAGAGUGCCAGUAAUGUUCAGUCCUGGACCUUCUUUAACCAAAGCCCAGUGAAUAAUUCUGUAACUUCAACCAGAAGUCAAAAGCUGUGGUACUA